UGUGAUUUUCUUUCUUUUGCAAGUUUGCCUAGAAAUUUUUUGCAACGCCACGCAAUGUCAGGACUUAAUUUAACCGUAAAAGUGCAUCCCGUUGUGCUAUUCCAAGUGGUAGAUGCCUACGAAAGACGUAAUGCCGAUUCCCACCGUGUUAUUGGCACUUUAUUGGGCUCCGUUGACAAGGGUGUUGUUGAAGUCACCAAUUGUUUUUGUGUACCCCAUAAAGAACAUGAUGAUCAAGUUGAAGCUGAAUUAAGUUAUGCCUUGGACUUGUACGAUUUGAAUCGCAAAGUAAAUCCUAAUGAAAAUGUUGUUGGUUGGUGGGCCACUGGCAAUGAAGUAACCAAUCACAGCUCGGUUAUCCAUGAAUACUAUGCCCGUGAAUGCAACAAUCCCGUGCACUUGACCGUAGACACCUCUUUGCAGGGCGGUCGUAUGGGCUUGAAAGCCUACGUUUGCAUACCCUUAGGUGUACCCGGUGGCAAAACUGGUUGCAUGUUCACCCCCAUACCCGUGGAAAUGACUUGCUACGAACCCGAAACCGUUGGCAUUAAACUUUUACAAAAGACCGUUGGUGUGUCUGCCCCCGAACGUCCAAAAACCGUUUCUCCCAUGUUGGAUUUGGCUCAAAUAUCCGAAGCUUCCACCAAAUUGCAGUCUCUCUUGGAUUUGAUCCUUAAAUACGUUGAAGAUGUUAUUGCUCACAAACAGACGCCCGAUAAUGCUGUUGGCCGCCAACUUUUGGAUCUUAUCCAUUCAGUACCACAUAUGUCGCAUGAACAAUUCACUCAAAUGUUUAAUGCCAACGUACGUGAUCUGUUGAUGGUCAUCACUUUGUCCAACUUGAUUAAAACACAAUUACAAUUGAAUGAGAAAUUAACUUAUUUGCCUACUAACUAAGUUUUAAGACGAUUUUUUUAUAGCAUUUUUUUUCAUAAUUUAAUUGUAAAUUUGUUUUGUGUUUGUAAGACAAAAAAAAAAUAAUAAAACCAAUUAAGAAGUUUAAGAGGAAGAAGAAGGAGGAGUGUUAGGAGAAGUGGAUUUUUGUAACCAAUUGUAAAAGAGAAAAAUUGAGAUAAUGUUUUAUUUUAAUAAAAAAAAGAAGUUUAUCAGACUUUCAACCACUUCACCGAAUGAAAA